AUCGCUACUACUACUACUCCGGCCUUUCACUACAUACCUCAAUAACCCACAUUAGAUAUUAUAUUUCUUAAGCUUAUUCAUAUAAUCAUCUACCAUCGUUCAAUAGCACUGCCAUGGCUCCUCACCUAAACACCACAGAAUUUUCUGUUGUAAAGAAGGAAGUUGAGCUUGUAAAGCCCUCCAAAAAUACACCCUCGGAAGUUUUGUCUUUGUCCACUCUUGACAACGAAGCAAACCUCGAAUGUUUCUCCAAAGCCAUCUACGUGUACAAGGCCGAAGAAGAUGAGACUAAUGGCAACGACCCAGCUGAGAUGACCAAGCAAGCGCUCUCCGACGCUCUCGUCUAUUACUACCCUUUGGCAGGGAGACUCAAACGACUAAAACAUGAUGGAAGGCUUCAGCUGACUUGCGAUUCAACUGGCGUGCCUUUUUUGGUUGCCACAGCCAACUGUCGUCUUUCCUCCCUCAACUACUUAGACGACAUCGACUUCGAGAUGGCCAAGAACUUUGUCUUCCCUUCUCCCAUGAGCGACUGCCCUUUCGUCCUGCAAGUCACCCGAUUCGCUUGCGGAGGUUUCACCAUUGGGUUUGGGAUAUCUCACAUGGUCUCCGAUGGGUUCGGCGCCGCCCAGAUCUUCAAGGCAUUGGCUGAGCUCUCCAAAGGCAAAGAGCUCUCUGUGAAACCCGUAUGGGAAAGAGAGAGACUAGUGGGGACACCCAUCAAGGAGCCUCUCAAGCUCAACACGUGUCCUCCUGCCAAGUCACCUUACAUGCCCUCUUCCGACAUUGUGGAUGAAAUCUUUUACGUGAAGAGUGAGAGCAUGAAGAGGCUGAAAGAGGAGAUUAUCAGUGGUGGUGCUCCUAGUAAUGUUACUACGUUCGAAAUACUCGCAGCCUUCGUUUGGAAAGCCAGGUUGAGAGCCUUAGAGCUCAACCAUAACGGAAAAACAUGUCUGUAUUUCGCUACAGGGCUGAGGAAGCUCAUAGACCCUCCUUUGCCAGAAGGGUAUUAUGGAAAUGCUUUUUUGACUUCUGCAUUGGAACUCACGGGCAGAGAACUCGAAGAGAAAUCUCUCUCUGAAAUCGUGAAUAUGAUAAAGGAGAAGAAGAGGGACGUUUUGGACAACAACUACAUCAAAAAAUCCAUUGAUAUUUGUGAGACGAAACUAGCUAACGGUGAUAAUCCAAAGAUUAAAGCUACUGGAGCACUCAUGGCCUUGACUGAUUGGAGGAAUUUGGGGUUGGUUUCGGAUGAGUUUGGAUCAGGUUGGAAGAUAGAGAAUGUGACAUCAUUGCCAUGGGACUGUUUUGGGUCAGUGGAUUUGUGCACCUUCUUGCCUGCUCCAAAAUCUGAUCCUUCGUUGAAAGGUGGGGUUGGGAUAUUGGUCUCUCUUCCAAGGCAAGCCAUGCCCAAGUUCAAGCAAGAGAUUGAUGCUCUUCACUAAUUACUAUAUAUAUGUUGGAUAUAAGAUAUGAUAUUCGAAUUUUCUUUUCUUUGUUAAUUAAUGUAUUGUUAAUUUGUUUUUCCCAUUUGAAGAACAAGUUAUUUUCUGCAUGAUCAAGUAUGGUUAAAUGUAUCGAUAUUAUUAAAAUCUUCAGAUUUCACAAAUGUUUCCUCGAAA